AUGAGGAACCUGCUCAGCUCGUUCACGAGACACAGACAUCUCGUACACGCCGGAUAUACGUUUGCCGGCAACGGCUCCUGGAUUAUGCAAGAUGGGACAUUUUCCCUUGCUGACUUUACUGACGCUUACCAAGAGAACGAAGUUCAGCGCGUUAUCCGCGCCUACGAGAACUCGAUCUCCAUUGACAUACAUUGCUCGACCGGCGGCGGUGAGUGGCACAAGCUACCCGACAUGCCGUUCGCCAAACACUGCAAGAUCAGGGUCAACCCCACUGAUAUACUCGACUCAGGCUCACAAGCCAUCAAGGAUUUUAUCACGUACCUCGAACCAUACGUAGUGCCCGCAAGCCUGGAACAGUUGCUCGUGUCCAGCGACGUGGUGGGCAACAUCCGCUUCAGUCACCCGACCCUGUACGUCUUCCCUGGCGGUCAGGGCGACGCUGCACUAUUCGGCAUCAACGGAUUUAACAUGCUUGUUGACGGUGGCUUCUCUCGGAAGGCAUGCUGGUGGGACUUCGCACGUCAUUUGGACAGACUCGACGCGGUACUCUUCACGAGGCUCAACAACUGCUCCGUCUCGGGCAUGGCGUCUGUUCUCCAUAGAAAGGCAACGGCCUCAGUUUACCCACAAAUUGGUCACUUCUUCUGCAAUCUUGAAGAACGCCGAGGCUUAGCGAGUCCAGACGGUGACAAAGACUCAGACCCACUACUGGUGUCUCUAUUACAAUCGGGUUCUGAUAUGAUGACCGAUCUACGACACUUAAAUCUAAAACCGCAACACUGCUACAGAAGUCCUGAUCCAAUCAAUUUAUAUCACAAAGUUGGACACGGGACCUUAGACAUGUACGUGCUAAAUCCGUCCAAGGACUCAAAAUAUGUUCGAGAGUUCCUCAAGAGGUGGCAUAAUAGUGAACAGAAACUUUUUGAGGGGGCCAGUAUGUCAGGACAGUUCAAUUUUCCUAUCCCUAAUUUAGUAUCGAUAUGUGCACUUUUAGUGUGGCGACCAGCUAACCCAGAUGAUACGAUUACUAGAAUAAUGUUUCCCGGAUCGACACCACAGCACAAAAUUUUCGAAGGAUUAGAAAGGUUAAGACAUUUAGAGUUUUUACAACACCCUACAUAUACAGGACGUCAGAUGACGCCUGUGCCAGUAUCGGCACCUGCUACCACCAUAACCUCAACUAUUACAAAAACGACUAAGCAAUCUUUAUCAAAAAUUAGUAAAGACAAAGGUAUUUUUACAGAAAAGAAAGAAGACAAGGUUACUGAACCUGAAUCUAAACUAACUAAGGAUGAAACGGAUUCCAAAAAUAUAAUAGACAACAAAUUACUAAGUGAACUAGCAGAUGGCGAUGACAAAAAAAUAGAAUCAGUAUUAAAAGACGCUAUAACUGCUAGAGUUGAUACUAAAUUAGAUGAUAAAUUUGCUCAGUAUGAGAGUACUGUAAUAGAUGGUUUAACGAAAAAGAAAGAUGCCAAGAAAAAAGUAGCUGAUAAAAAAAUAAAACGUAUUGAUAAGACUGAUGAAAUAAAAGACUCUAAUAUUAAAGCUGCCGAAAUAAAAAAAUUGGAAAGUGAUAGUAAAUUAAAAUCUGAACCAAGGAAAAAGUCUGAGAAAACAAAAGUUGACACAAUGUCGUCAUCAAUAACUAAAACUAAAGUUAGUCAUCGUACACAACUAAAAAUGGCAGAGAAAAAAGUUCCAUUGAGUACAAUAGACAAAAAAUCUCCGCCAACUACACCAAAGAAAGUAGUAGAUUCUAAAACUACUACAUCUUCUACUAAAGAUAAAAUUAAGACAAAAACAAGAAAGUUAAGUCCAGGGAGCACUCCAGCAAAAAGUAUGAAAGAGGCGAACAAUCGACGAGUAGUCGAAUCAAAAUUUAAACAAGCUUCUCCAAAAAGAGAACCUACACAAAAAGCUUCGGAUAAAAAAGAAACAAAAGCUAAACGCGAACCAAUAUCUCGUCGACCAAGACCAUUGUCAUCACCUGUUAAAGGGAUUAAAGCAAUUAAAAGUCCUACAAAAUCUAUGAAAUCUGUGAAAGCCGAUACAUCAAAGUUAAAAGGUCUUCAGAGAGUUAAUUACGAAGAUAUAUUACGAGAUGCCAAAAAAUCAGAUGAAGAAACUUCAAGAUCUUUAGACGACAUUAAGCAGCAAGAGUUAGAUGAGAGAGAGGAACAAGAAAUUGUAAGGGAAAUUGAAGCAGUGUUUAAUAGAGACAGUGAAGCUGACGAAAAAAUAGAUUUCGUUGGAAGGUCUGAUAUAGAAAAAAUAACUUGUCUUUUAGAUGAUGUCAAAACUGAAACAACUGCUGACGGUGAAUUUGAAGAAGAAUAUCUGAUUAUCGAAAAAGAAGAAGUAGAUCAGUAUACAGAAGAAUCUAUAGCUGACAGAGAGAGUAGCCAUGAAAAAGAAGAUGAGUUACAGAAACAUCAAAAAGAUACAGAAGAAUCUGAAAAGAAAAAACUUGAUCAAGAACAACAAAUCAAACCAGAACCAGCUCCUGAAAAAGAAAGUAAAGAAAUAGAAUCUAAAGAUCAUUCUAUAAGUAUAGAAGAAAAACAGGAUAUAAGCAGCGAAAAGAAAACGUCUGAUAGUAAAAGCGGUCUCAUAAAACCAAAAGAUUCACUAGAAAAUAUUAUUCAAGAAACUCAUCCGGAUGAGAAAAUAUCAACUACUAUAGAAUCUGGUGCCACCACCGCGCCUACGCUACCAGAAGAUGAACGUAUAACAUUGGACGAUAUUAAAGAAGAUCAGUAUGUUGAAGAAAAGCAUAUAAAAGAGGAAACAAAAGAGAUUCAACCGCCACGAACUCUUGUUCAAAAACCGAUAUCUGCAGAAAAAACUCCGAAAAUUACACAUUUGCCAGGACCUAUUAGAGAGGUUGUAAAAACGCCGGAUGAAGUCGCAGACCUACCGUUACACGAAGAAGUUGACUAUCGAACUUAUGAAGUGAAAAAGACAUCUAUAGAAGAUGAUUUUAAACGUAGAUUAGAAACAGUACCCAAGGACUUGCCUUUGGUCGACAAACAAUCAGAUGAGCCACUUAAAGACAUGAAAACUAUACAAGACGACGUAAUUGUUAAGACUGUUCAACGUCCUUCUCACGCAGAAUUGGUUACAGUUACUCCUGGCUCUGCACCAGAAUCGCCAAUGUAUCACGAUCUAGCGAAAGUCACGUUAAUACCAGGAAAAGAUUUAGAACCAGUAAAAGAGUAUGAAGACUCCAGUUUUACAUAUGGACAAUAUACAGAAAAGUUGAGAGAAACCCACAUAACAACAGUUGACUCUCCUAUUAAGGAUGAUAUUAUUACUAUCGAAGAAAUUCCUUCAAUGCCCGAAAAGAUACCAUCUAUACCAGAAGAUGUUGAAAAAGAAAUAGAAGAAGCUAGUAAAUUGGAAAGCGUUGAUAAACCCUUGCUGAGUCCAAAAUAUGUUGAAAAAAUAGUUGCAGAUGUUGCAGAAGUAUUAAAAUCUGACAAAAGCCUUGAUGAACUUAUCGCUGAAAAAUCGCCUAUGCUCCGAAAGUCUCCAGAACUAUUUGGUCGAGUUCCUACAACAGAAGUUAGUCACGUUGACCUUACUAAAGCUUUCCUGAAAGAAGAAGAAAAAAGCAGUGAACCUUUAGUUGACAAAUCUGAUAUUGAGAAAACAACAAGGUCAGUAACUUCUGAAGAUAUUAGUGAUGUAUCUGAUAAAACGGUACUUAGUGAAGAAAAGAAAAGAAAAUCUGAAAUCAAGGAAGAUGACAUUGAUAAGAAAGAAAAAUCACAAGUUAAUGGUUUUGCUGCCGAUUCUUCUGAACCUAAAAGGCUAAAUGUUACAUUAGAAUCAGCAAAAACAUUAGAAAAAUUGGAAGAAAAAAUGGCAGAUCUUAAGAAAAAAGAGGAGCAAUAUCGACAUGAUAUAAUGGAGGACAAAAUAUCAGAAAAAGACCUUAUUCAUAAAAGGGAAAUUAAACAAGAAAUUGCCAUCGACUCAUCAUUACCAACAGACUCACUCAGUAAAGUUCUUGAAAAAGAAUUCGUUAUUGAGGAAAAACAACAACUUAAAAGAAAACCGGAUAUACCAAAGCCUGGUGUCGGUGAAUCCAUGGAUACGGUUAAGAAAGAAGGUUUACAAAUGUCUACUCAUAUGAAUUUAAGCAAAGAAGAUGAAGUUCUCAGUCCAGAUUUAAUACAAGACAUUAAAGAUACAACAAAGCUCACGGACUUUGACAACAAACAAAAACAAUUACCUCUUAUUGUUUCUGGCAAACUUGAUGAAAAGCAAGUAAGCUUAGAAAAAGAUAUAAGAGAUAUUCCACAAGAUGUUGAACAAAAAGUUAUAAAAAUCGAUGGUGAUGAUGGAAAGAAAAUAAGACCAGAAGAGAAGAAAAAAGAAAGUAAAUCUAUGAUAAGUAGUUUUAUGAAUAAAUUUGAUGAAAAACUAACCAUAGCAAAAGGCCUUUUUACAAAGAAAAGUGAGAAAUCACUAGAAUUAGAUGAAAGUAAUACACCAGAAAAGAUAUUGGAAGAAAAACCUUCUGAAACAAAACCAAUGUUUCUAGAAAAAGAUAUUAAGGUUAUAUUAAAUUCAAUAAAAACUUUUGAAGUUUAUAUGAUAGCCUUACUGUCAUCUCAGAAGGAAAUUGAAGAAACGCUUCGCGAAUACUCGGUACACGGAGAACCACUAGAAACCUUCGACGUAAAAACAGAAAAUGUAGUUGAGAAAGAAAUUUUAGUAACACGAAUUACUACAACAAGAAUAAUAAAAACAAAGUAUACUGAUAAAUAUGGAAUAGUCAGAAAAUUGAAAACAGUUACCAUUACAACAGUGACAAACUGUAGACCCAAUGGAACUUCUUCCACAGAAUUAGAUGGUAAUGCGAUGUUAAGUGAUAUUGACGACAAAGUUAUUUCUGAAAUAAGGCGUUUCAAUAUCAAAGAAGAUACUAAAAGUGAAGAAGUUGAUCAGACAAGACGAGUAUGCAUAGGUGAAAGUUGGAUAAUUCAAAGAACUAACACGACUACUAUUAAGGAAAUAAUUACAAACCAAAUGAGAUUACGACGAAAAUUAAAAACAACUAUCGAAUCUAAAAGUGAUAUCAAUCUAACUGAUAAAGAAGUAGAAAGUGUUAUCUCAACUGCGACUUACGUAGCUGACUAUAAUACAAUUACAAAACGAAUAUCCAAUCAAAAACUUGUGAAAAUUUUAGUAUCGUCAAAGAAAUAUAUACCAAAUAUAUCUCAAGAAAAGAUGCCUACUUUGCCUGACAUAAAUACAAUUCAAAGAAAACUUAAUAUGUCCGAAGCAAUAGAGGAAACCGAUAAACUUCAAGGUACCGAGUCUGCAAGAAAUAUUAUCGAAAAAGAAGAAAUACCACUAACAUUAGAUGAACAAGUGGCAGAUAAACUUAAGCAAUCUGAGAAAACACCAAGUAUUUUAAAAGAAAAAGAAGCAGAACUAAAACAAAAAACAUUCGAGGACAAAGCUCCCAGCAUAGGCAAAAAACAUGACACAACAAUAAGUACUGAAAUAGAAAAACCUGAACCAGUAAAGCCUGUCACGAUUGACAUGGAGAAUUCGUUAUUAGAAAAGCCAAUUGGGAAAAUCACAACACCUCUUAUGGAUUUAAAAGAGAAACCUUCCCUCAAAAAGGCAGAUAAAAAGGUUCCUAGUCCUGAGAGAGAGGAAAUGGAAAAAACAAUAUCUGCAAGGCCAGACGAGAAAGUUCCAAUCCCUGUCAAGGAAGAAAAGGAAACACCUGUUUCGGAAAAGCCAGAUGGAACGACUCCAAGCCCUGUUAAAGAGGACAAAGAUGCACCUGCCUUAAUAAAGCCAGAGAAGAAGGUUCCAAGCCCUGUUAAGGAAGAAAAGGAAAUGCUUGUGUCAGCAAAGCCAGACGACAAAGCUACAAGCCCUGUCAAGGAAGAUAAAGAAACCCCUGCCUUGGUAAAACCAGACGAGAAGGUUCCUAGCCUUGUUAAGGAAGAAAAGGGAACACCAGUGUCUGCAAAGCAAAAGGAAAAGAUUCCGAGCCCUGUCAAGGAAGAGAAGGAAACGUCUGUUUCGGUGAAACUAGAAGAAAAGAUUCCAAGCCAAGAGAGCCAUGUCAAUGACCAAAAGGAAACACCUGUCUCGACUAAGGCAGAUGCCAAGACUCCGAGCCCUGUCAAGGAGGAUAAAGAAGACUCUGCUUUGGUGAAGCAUGAUGAGAAGGUUCCAAGCCCUGUUAAGGAAGAAAAGAAAACACCUGUUUCAGCAAAGCCAGACGACAAGACUCCAAGCCAUGUCAUGGAGGACAGAGAUGCGCCUGCCUUGAUGAAGUCAGAUGAGAAAGUUCCAAGCCCUGUCAAAGACGAAAAGAAAUCCCCUGUCUCGAUAAAACCAGAUGACAAGACUCCAAGCCCUAUAAAGGAGGACAAAGAAGCAGCUGCCUUGGUUAAGCCAGAUGAGAAGGUUCCAAGCCCUGUAAAAGAAGAAAAGGAAACAUCUGUCUCACCAAAACCAGAUGAAAAGAUUUCGAGCCCUGUCAAGGAAGAAAAGGAAACAAAUUUCUCGAAAAUGCCAGACGAAAAAACUCCUAGCCCUGUCAAGGAGGAUAAAGAAUCACUUAUUUCUGCCGAGCUGGAUGAAAAGGUUUCCAACCUUGUCAAAGAACUAAAAGAGACACCUGUCAUAGCAAAAUUGGAUGAAAAGAUUCCGAGCACUGUCGAGGAAAGAAAAGAAACAUCUGUCUUGACAAAGCCAGGCGAGAAGGUUCCAAGCCCUGUCAAAGACGAAAAGAAAACACCUGUCUCGAUAAAACCAGAUGAUAAGACUCCAAUACCUGUAAAGGAGGACAGAGAAGCAGCUGCCUUGGCUAAGUCAGACGAGAAAGUUCCCAGCCCUGUAAAAGAAGCAAAGGAAACAUCUGUCUCAACAAAGUCAAAUGAAAAGAUUUCGAGCCCUGUCAAGGAGGAUAAAGAAGAACCUGCCUCGGUGAAGCAUGACGAGAAGGUUCCAAGCCCUGUUAAAGAAGAAAAGCAAACACCUGUCUUAGCAAAGCCAGAUGAAAAGAUUCCGAGCCCUGUUAAGGAAGCAAAGGAAACACCUAUACCAGAAAAGUCGGAUGAAAGGAUUAGAAGCCCUGUCAAGGAGGGAAAAGAAUCACCUAUUUCUGCCAAGAUGGAUGAAACAGUUCCCAGCCUUGUCAAGGAACUGAAGGAAACACCUGUCUCAAUAAAGCCAGAUGAAAAGAUAUCGAGCCCUGAAGAGGAAGAAAAGGAAACACCUGUCUCAGCAAAGCUAGACGAAAGGACCCCGAGCCCUGUCAAGGAAGAUAAAGAGGCACCUGCCUUGGUGAAGCCAGGUGAGAAGGUUUCAAGCCCUGUUAAGGAAGAAAAAGAACCACCUGUCUCAGAAAAGCCAGACCGCAAGAUUCCAAGCUCUGUCACGGAAGAUAAAGAAGUACCUGCUUUGGUAAAGCCAGACGAGAAGGUUCCAAGCCCAGUUGAAGAAAAAAAGGAAAUACCUGUCUCAGCAAAGCCGGACGAAAAGAUCCCUAGCCCUGUAAAGAAAAUUAAAGAAACAUCUGCCUCGGUAAAGCCAGGUGACAAGACUCCAAGCUUUGUCACGGAGGACAAAGAAGCACCUGCCUUGGCGAAGCUGGACGAGCAUUAUCUGAGCCCAGUUAAGGAAGAAAAGAAAACACUUAUCUCAGAAAAGAUAGAGGAAAAAAUUUCGAGUCCUGUCAAGGAAGAAAAGGAAACAACUAUCCUAACAAAGCCAGACGAAAAAACUCCGAGCCCUGUCAAGGAGGACAAAGAAGAACCUGCCUUAGUGAAGCCAGACGAAAAGAGUACAAGCCCUGUUAAGGAAGAAAAGGAAACAUCUGUCUCAGUAAAGCCAGAUGAAAAGAUUCAGAGCCCUAUCAAGGAAGAAAAAGAAACUCCUGUCUCAGAAAAGCUGGAUGAAAAGGUUCCCAGCCUUAUCAAAGAACUGAAGGAAACACCUGUCUCAGCAAAGUUGGAUGAGAAGAUUCCGAGCCCUGUAAAGGAAGAAGGAGAAACAUUCCCCUUGGCAAAGCCAGAAGAGAAAGUUCCAAGCCCUGUCAAGGAAGAAAUGGAAACACCUGUCUCAGAAAAGCCGGUUGACAAGAUUCCAAGCCCUGUCAAGGAAGAAUACGAAACACUUGUCUCGGCAAAGCCAGACGACAAGACUUCGAGCCCUGUCAAGGAGGACAAAGAAGCACCUGUCUUAGUAAAGCGAGAUGAGAAGGUUCCAAGCCCAGUUAAGGCAGAAAAGGAAACACUUGUUUCGGAAAAGCCAGAUGACAAGAUUCCAAUCCCUCUCAAGGAGGACAAAGAUGGACCUUCCGUGGUGAAGCUAGACGAGAAGGUUCCAAGCCCUGUCAAAGAAGAAAAGGAAACGCCUGUCUCAGUCAAACCAUAUGAAAAGAUUCCGAGCCCUGUCCAAGAUGAAAAGAAAACAUCUUUCUCGUCAAAGCCAGAUGACAAGACUCUGAGCCCUAUGAAGGAGGACAAAGAAGCACCUGCCUUGGUUAAGAUAGACGAAAAGGUUCCGACCCCUGUAAAAGAAGGAAAGGAAACACCUGCCUCACCAAAGACCCAUGAAAAGAUUCCAAGCCCUGCCAAGGAAGACAGGGAAACACUUGUCUCGGCAAAGCCAGACGACAGGACACCGAGCCCUGUCAAGGAGGACAAAGAUGCACCUGCCUUGGUAAAGCCAGAGGAGAAGGUUCCAAGCCCUGUUAAGCUAGAAAAGGAAACAUCUAUGUCAGCAAAGUCAGACGACAAGACUCCACACCCUGUCAAGGAAGAUAAAGAAGCACCUGACUUGGUAAAACCAGACGAGAAGGUUCCAAGCCCUGUUAAGGAAGAAAAGAAAACACUUGUCUCAGCAAAGCCAGACGAUAAGCCUCCAAGCCAUGUCAGGGAGGACAGAGAUGUGCCUGCCUUGAUGAAGCAAGACGAGACGGUUCCAAGCCCUGUCAAAGACGAAAAGAAAACAUCUGUCUCGAUAAAACCAGAUGACAAGACUCCAAGCCCUGUAAAGGAGGACAAAGCAGCAGCUGCCUUGGUUAAGCCAGACGAGAAGGUUCCAAGACCUGUAAAAGAAGAAAAGGAAACAUCUGUCCCAGCAAAGCCAGGUGAAAAGAUUUCCAGCCCUGUCAAGGAAGAAAAGGAAACACCUUUCUCGAAAAUGCCAGACGAUAAAACUCCUAGCCCUGUCAAGGAGGUAAAAGAAGAACCUGCCUUGGUGAAGCAUGAUGAGAAGGUUCCAAGCCCUGUUAAAGAAGAAAAGGAAACAUCUGUCCCAGCAAAGCAAGGUGAAAAGAUUUCCAGCCCUGUCAAGGAAGAAAAGGAAACACCUUUCUCGAAAAUGCCAGACGAUAAAACUCCUAGCCCUGUCAAGGAGGUAAAAGAAGAACCUGCCUUGGUGAAGCAUGAUGAGAAGGUUCCAAGCCCUGUUAAAGAAGAAAAGGAAACACCUGUCGUAGAAAAGUCAGACGAAAAGAUUCCAAGCCCUGUAAAGGAAGACAAGGAAACACCUAUACCAGAAAAGUCGGAUGAAAGGAUUAGAAGCCCUGUCAAGGAGGAAAAAGAAUCACCUGUUUCUGCCGAGCUGGAUGAAAAGGUUCCCAGCCUUGUCAAGGAACUAAAGGAAACACCUGUCACAUCAAAGUUGGAUGAAAAGAUUCCGAGCACUGUCGAGGAGAGAAAAGAACCAUCUGCUUUGACAAAGCCAGACGAGAAAGUUACAACCCCAGUCAAGGAAGAAAAGGAAACACCUGUCACGGAAAAGACAGACGAGAAGACUCCAAGCCCUGUCAAAGAGGACAAAGAUGCACCUGUCUUGGUAAAGCCAGAGAAGAAGGUUACAAGUCCCGUUAAGGAAGAAAAGGACACACCUGAAUCAGUAAAGCCAGACGACAAAACUGCAAGCCCUGUCAAGGAAGAUAAAGAAGCACCUUCCUUGGUAAAGCUAGACGAGAAAGUUCCAAGCCCUGUAAAAGAAGAAAAGGACACAUCUGUCUCAGCAAAGGUAGAUGAAAAUAUUCCGAGCCCUGUCAAAGACCAAAAGGAAACACCUGUCUCAACUAAGGCAGAUGACAAGACUCCGAGCCCUGUCAAAGAAGAUAAAGAGGUACCUGACUUGGUGAAGCCAGAGGAGAAGGUUCCAACCCCAGUCAAGGAAGAAAAGGAAACACCUGUCUCGGAAAAGACAGAGGACAAGACUCCAAGCCCUGUCAAAGAGGACAAAGAUGCACUUGCCUUGGUAAAGCCAGAGAAGAGGUUUACAAGCCCCGUUAAGGAAGAAAAGGAAAUACCUGUAUCAGCAAAGCCAGACGACAAAACUGCAAGCCCUGUCAAGGAAGAUAAAGAAGCACCUGCCUUGGUAAAGCUAGGCGAGAAAGUUCCAAGCCCUGUAAAAGAAGAAAAGGAAACAUCUGUUUCAGCAAAGGCAGAUGAAAAUAUUCCGAGCCCUGCCAAAGACCAAAAUGAAACACCUGUCUCAACUAAGGCAGAUGACAAGACUCCGAGCCCUGUCAAAGAAGAUAAAGAGAUACCUGACUUGGUGACGCCAGAGGAAAAGGUUCCAACUCCUGUUAAGGAAGAAAAGGAAACACCUGUCUCAGCAAAGCCAGAUGACAAGACUCCAAGCCCUGUCAAGGAGGACAAAGAUGCAGCUGCCUUGGUUAAGCAAGACGUGAAGGUUACAAGCCCUGUUAAGGAAGAAAAGGAAACGUCUGUCUCAGUGAAACUAGAAGAAAAGAUUCCGAGCCCUGUCAAUGACCAAAAGGAAACACCUGUCCCGACUAAGGCAGAUGACAAGACUCCGAGCCCUGUCAAGGAAGAUAAAGAAGAACCUGCCUUGGUGAAGCAUGAUGAGAAGGUUCCAAGCCCUGUUAAAGAAGAAAAGCAAACAUCUGUCUUAGCAAAGUCAGAUGAAAAGAUUCCGAGCCCUGUCAAGGAAGAAAAGGAAACACCUAUACCAGAAAAGUCGGAUGAAAGGAUUAGAAGCCCUGUCAAGGAGGAAAAAGAAUCACCUAUUUCUGCCGAGCUAGAUGAAAAGGUUCCCAGCCUUGUUAAGGAACUAAAGGAAACACCUGUCACAUCAAAGUUGUAUGAAAACAUUCCGAGUACUGACGAGGAGAGAAAAGAAACAUCUGCUUUGACAAAGCCAGACGAGAAAGUUCCAACUCCAGUCAAGGAAGAAAAGGAAAAACCUGUCACAGAAAAGACAGACGAGAAGACUCCGAGCCCUGUAAAAGAGGACAAAGAUGCACCUGCCUUGGUUAAACAAGACGUGAAGGUUCCAAGCCCUGUCAAGGAAGAAAAGGAAACGUCUGUUUCAGUGAAACUAGAAGAAAAGAUUCCGAGCCCUGUCAAAGACGAAAAGGAAACACCUGUCUCGACUAAGGCAGAUGACAAGACUCCGAGCCCUGUUAAGGAAGAUAGAGAGGUACCUGACUUGGUGAAGCCACAGGAGAAGGUUCCAACUUCUGUUAAGGAAGAAAAGGAAACACCUGUUUCAGCAAAGCCAGACGACAAGACUCCAAGCCCUGUCAAGGAGGACAAAGAUAAACCUGCCUUGGUUAAGCAUGACGAGAAGGUUCCAAGCCCUGUCAAGGAAGAUAGAGAGGUACCUGACUUGGUAAAGCCAGAGGAGAAGGUUCCAACUUCUGUUAAGGAAGAAAAGGAAACACCUAUUUCAGAAAAGCCAGACGCCAAGACUCCAAGCCCUGUCAAGGAUGACAAAGAUAAACCUGCAUUGGUUAAGCAUGACGAGAAGGUUCCAAGCCCUGUCAAGGAAGAAAAGGAAACGCCUGUCUCAGUAAAACCAGGAGAAAAGAUUUCGAGCCCUGUCAAAGACCAAAAGGAAACACCUGUCUCAACUAAGGCAGAUGACAAGACUCCGAGCCCUGUCAAGGACGACAUAGAAGCACCUGCCUUGGUUAAGCCAGAUGAGAAGGUUCCAAGCCCUGUUAAAGAAGAAAACGAAAGACCUGACUUAGCAAAGCCAGAUGAAGAUAUUUCAAGCCCUGUGAAGGAGGAAACAGAAACACCAAUAUGUGUUAAGCUAGAUGAAAAGGUUUCAAGCCCUGUCAAAGAAGAAAAGAAAACACUUCUCUCAGCAAAGCUAGAUGAAAAGAUUCCGAGCCCUCUCAAGGAGGAAAAAGAAACACCAGUGUCUGCCAAGCUAGAUGAAAAGGUUCCCAGGCCUGUCAAGGAAUUAAAGAAAACACUAGUCUCAGAAAAGUUUGAUGAGAAAAUUCCGAGCCCUGUCGAGGAAGAUAAAGAAGCACCUUCCUUGGUGAAGUCAGACGAAAAGGUGUCAAGCCUUUUCAUUGAUGAAAAGGAAACGCCUAUCUCAGCAAAGUUAGACGAGAAGGUUCAAACCCCUAUUAAGGAAGAAAAGGAAAUGCUUGUCCCAGCAAAGCCAGAUGAAAAGAUUCCCAGCCCUAUUAAGGCAGAAAAGGAAACAUCUGUCGCAGAAAAGCCAGAUGAAAAGAUUUCAAGCCCUGUCAAGGAAGAAAUGAAAACCUCUGUCUCGGAAAAGCUAGACGACAAGACUCCAAGCCAUGUCAAGGAGGAUAAAGAUGCACCUUCCUUGGUGAUGCCAGACGAGAAGGUUCCAAGCAUUGUCGAGGAAGAAAAGGAAAUGCCUGUCUCAGGGGAACCAGAUGAAAAGAUUCCGAGCCCUGUCAAAGACGAAAAGGAAACUCCUAUAUCAGCAAAGGCAGAUGAUAAGACUCCGAGCCCUGCCAAGGAAGACAAAGAGGCACCUGCUUUGGAGAAGCCAGACAAGAAGAUUCCAAGAUCCGUCAAGGAAGAAAAGGAAACACCUGUCGCAGCUAAGCCAGACGACAAGAGUCCAAGCCCUGUCAAGGAGGACAAACACGCACCUGCCCUGGUGAAGCCAGACGAGAAGGUUCUAAGCCUUGUUAAGGAAGACGAUGAAACACCUGUAACAUCAAAGCCAGAUGAAAAGAUUCCGAGUCCUAUCAAGGAAGGAAAGGAAACAUCUGUCUCACAAAAAUCGGAUGAAAAACUGUCAAGCCCUGUCAAGGAAGAAAAGGAAACACCUGUCUCGGAAAAGCUAGACGACAAGACUCCGAGCCCUGUCAAAGAGGAUAAAGAUGCACCUGCCUUUGUAAAGCCAGACGAGAAGUUUCCAAGCCCUGUCGAGGAAGAAAAGGAAAUGCCUAUCUCAGGUAAACCAGAUGAAAAGAUUCCAAGCCCUGUCAAAGAAGAAAAGGAAACACCUAUAUCGACAAAGCCAGAUGACAAGACUCCGAGCCCUGCCAAGGACGACAAAGAAGCACCUGAUUUGAUGAAGCCAGACGAGAAGAUUCCAAGCCUUGUCAAGGAAGAAAAGGAAACGCCUGUCUCAGUAAAACCAGGAGAAAAGAUUCCGAGCCCUGUCAAAGACCAAAAGGAAACAUCUGUCUCACAAAAGCCGGAUGAAAAAAUUUCAAGCCCUGUCAAAGAAGAAAUGGAAACACCUGUCUCGGAAAAGCCAGACGACAAGACUCCAAGCCCUAUCAAAGAGGACAAAGAUGCUCCUGCCUUGGUUAAGACAGACGACAAGACUCCGAGCCCUGUCAAGGAGGAAAAAGAAGCACCUGUCUUAGUGAAGUCACAUGAAAAGAUUCCGAGCCCAGUCAAGGAAGAAAAGGAAACACCUGUCUCGAUAAAGCCAGACGAAAAGACUCCGAGCCCUGCCAAGGACGACAAAGAAGCACCUUAUUUGGUGAAGCUAGACGAGAAGAUUCCAAGCCUUGUCAAGGAAGAAAAGGAAACGCCUGUCUCAGUAAAACCAGGAGAAAAGAUUCCGAGCCCUGUCAAAGACCAAAAGGAAACACCUGUCUCACAAAAGCCGGAUGAAAAAAUUUCAAGCCCUGUUAAAGAAGAAAUGGCAACACCUGUCUCGGAAAAGCCAGACGACAAGACUCCAAGCCCUAUCAAAGAGGACAAAGAUGCUCCUGCCUUGGUUAAGCCAGACGACAAGACUCCGAGACCUGUCAAGGAGGAAAAAGAAGCACCUGUCUUAGUGAAGUCACAUGAAAAGAUUUCGAGCCCAGUCAAGGAAGAAAAGGAAACACCUGUCUCGAUAAAGCCAGACCACACGACUGCGAGCCCUGUCAAGGAGGACAAAGAAGCAUCUGCCGUGGUGAAGCCAGACGAGAAGCUCCCAAGUCCAGUUAAGGAAGAAAAGGAAAUACCUGUUUCAGCAAAGCCAGAUAAAAGGAUACCGAGCCCUGUCAAGGACGAAAAAGAAACGCCAGUGUCUGCCAAGUUAGAUGAAAAGGUUCCUAGCCUUGAUAAAGAAGAACCUGCCUUGGUGAAGCAUGAUGAGAAGGUUCCAAGCCCUGUUAAAGACGAAAAGCAAACAUCUGUCUUAGCAAAGUCAGAUGAAAAGAUUCCGAGCCCUGUCAAGGAAGAAAAGGAAACACCUAUACCAGAAAAGUCGGAUGAAAGGAUUAGAAGCCCUGUCAAGGAGGAAAAAGAAUCACCUAUUUCUGCCGAGCUGGAUGAAAAGGUUCCCAGCCUUGUUAAGGAACUAAAGGAAACACCUGUCACAUCAAAGUUGAAUGAAAACAUUCCGAGUACUGACGAGGAGAGAAAAGAAACAUCUGCUUUGACAAAGCCAGACGAGAAAGUUCCAACCCCAGUCAAGGAAGAAAAGGAAAAACCUGUCUCGGAAAAGACAGACGAGAAGACUCCGAGCCCUGUAAAAGAGGACAAAGAUGCACCUGCUUUGGUUAAACAAGACGUGAAGGUUCCAAGCCCUGUCAAGGAAGAAAAGGAAACGUCUGUUUCAGUGAAACUAGAAGAAAAGAUUCCGAGCCCUGUCAAAGACGAAAAGGAAACACCUGUCUCGACUAAGGCAGAUGACAAGACUCCGAGCCCUGUUAAGGAAGAUAGAGAGGUACCUGACUUGGUGAAGCCAGAGGAGAAGGUUCCAACUUCUGUUAAGGAAGAAAAGGAAACACCUGUUUCAGCAAAGCCAGACGACAAGACUCCAAGCCCUGUCAAGGAGGACAAAGAUAAACCUGCCUUGGUUAAGCAUGACGAGAAGGUUCCAAGCCCUGUCAAGGAAGAAAAGGAAACGCCUGUCUCAGUAAAACCAGGAGAAAAGAUUUCGAGCCCUGUCAAAGACCAAAAGGAAACACCUGUCUCAACUAAGGCAGAUGACAAGACUCCGAGCCCUGUCAAGGACGACAUAGAAGCACCUGCCUUGGUGAAGCCAGAUGAGAAGGUUCCAAGCCCUGUUAAAGAAGAAAACGAAAGACCUGACUUAGCAAAGCCAGAUGAAGAUAUUUCAAGCCCUGUGAAGAAGGAAACAGAAACACCAAUAUGUGUUAAGCUAGAUGAAAAGGUUUCAAGCCCUGUCAAAGAAGAAAAGAAAACACUUCUCUCAGCAAAGCUAGAUGAAAAGAUUCCGAGCCCUGUCAAGGACGAAAAAGAAACGCCAGUGUCUGCCAAGCUAGAUGAAAAGGUUCCUAGCCUUGUCAAGGAAGUGAAGGAAAAACCUGUCUCAGCAAAGUUGGAUGAAAAGAUUCCGAGCCCUGUCGAGAAAGAUAAAGAAGAACCUGCCUUGGUGAAGCCAGACGAGAAGGUCCCAAGCCAAGUUAAGAAAGAAAAGGAAACACCUGUUCCGGAAAAGCCAGAUGACAAGACUCCCAUCACUUUGAAGGAGGACGAAGAUUCACCUUCCGUAGUGAAGCCAGACAAGAAGGCCCCAAGCCCAGUUGAGGAAGAAAAGGAAACGACUGUUUCAGCAAAGCCAGAUGAAAAGAUUCCUAGCCCUGUCAAGAAAGAAAAGGAAACAACUGUCUUGCCAAAGCCAACCGAAAAGACUCCGAGCCCUGUCACGGAAGAAAAGGAAACACCUAUGUCUGCUAAGCUGAAUGAAAAGGUUCCCAGCCUUGUCAAGGAAGUGAAGGAAACACCAGUCUCAGCAAAGUUAGAUGAAAAGAUUCCGAGCCCUGUCGAGAAAGAUAAAGAAGCACCUGCCUUGGUGAAACCAGACGAGAAGAUCCAAAGCCCAGUUGAGGAAGAAAAGGAAACACCUAUUUCGGAAAAGCCAGAUGACAAGACUCCAAUCCCUCUCAAGGAGGAAAAAGAUGCAUCUUCCGUGGUGAAGCCAGACGAGAAGGCUCCAAGCCCAGUCGAGGAAGAAAAGGAAACGACUGUUUCAACAAAGCCAGAUGAAAAGAUUCCGAGCCACGUAAAGGAAGAAAAGGAACUACCUGUCUCGGCGAAGCCAGACGAUACGACUCCGAUCCCUGACAAGGAGGACAAAGAAGCACCUGUCUUAGUGAAGCGAGACGAGAAGGGUCCAAGUCCAGUUAAGGCAGAAAAGGAAACACCUGUUUCGGAAAAGCCAGAUGACAAGACUCCAAUCCCUCUCAAGGAGGACAAAGAUACACCUUCCGUGGUGAAGCUAGACGAGAAGAUUCCAAGCCCUGUCAAAGAAGAAAAAGAAACACCUCUCUUAGCAAAGACAGAUAAAAAGAUUCCGAGCCCUAAGGAGGAAGAAAAGGAAACAACUGUCUUGGCAAAGUUAGACGACACGACUGCGAGCCCUGUCAAGGAGGACAAAGAAGCAUCUGCCUUGGUGAAGCCAGACGAGAAGCUCCCAAGUCCAGUUAAGGAAGAAAAGGAAAUACCUGUUUCAGCAAAGUCAGAUAAAAGGAUACCGAGCCCUGUCAAGGACGAAAAAGAAACGCCAGUGUCUGCCAAGCUAGAUGAAAAGGUUCCUAGCCUUGUCAAGGAAGUGAAGGAAAAACCUGUCUCGGCAAAGUUGGAUGAAAAGAUUCCGAGCCCUGUCGAGAAAGAUAAAGAAGAACCUGCCUUGGUGAAGCCAGACGAGAAGGUCCCAAGCCAAGUUAAGAAAGAAAAGGAAACACCUGUUCCGAAAAAGCCAGAUGACAAGACUCCAAUCCCUCUGAAGGAGGACGAAGAUACACCUUCCGUAGUGAAGCCAGACGAGAAAGCCCCAAGCCCAGUUGAGGAAGAAAAGGAAACGACUGUUUCAGCAAAGCCAGAUGAAAAGAUUCCGAGCCCUAUCAAGGAAGAAAAGGAAACAACUGUCUUGCCAAAGCCAACCGAAAAGACUCCGAGCCCUGUCACGGAAGAAAAAGAAACACCUGUGUCUGCUAAGCUGAAUGAAAAGGUUCCCAGCCUUGUCAAGGAAGUGAAGGAAACACCAGUCUCAGCAAAGUUACAUGAAAAGAUUCCGAGCCCUGUCGAGAAAGAUAAAGAAGCACCUGUCUUGGUGAAACCAGACGAGAAGGUCCAAAGCCCAGUUGAGGAAGAAAAGGAAACACCUGUUUCGGAAAAGCCAGCUGACAAGACUCCAAUCCCUCUCAAGGAGGAAAAAGAUGCAUCUUCCGUGGUGAAGCCAGACGAGAAGGCUCCAAGCCCAGUUGAGGAAGAAAAGGAAACGACUGUUUCAACUAAGCCAGAUGAAAAGAUACCGAGCCACGUAAAGGAAGAAAAGGAACUACCUGUCUCGGCGAAGCCAGACGAUACGACUCCGAUCCCUGACAAGGAGGACAAAGAAGCACCUGUCUUAGUGAAGCGAGACGAGAAGGGUCCAAGUCCAGUUAAGGCAGAAAAGGAAACACCUGUUUCGGAAAAGCCAGAUGACAAGACUCCAAUCCCUCUCAAGGAGGACAAAGAUGCACCUUCCGUGGUGAAGCUAGACAAGAAGAUUCCAAGCCCUGUCAAAGAAGAAAAAGAAACACCUGUCUUAGCAAAGACAGAUAAAAAGAUUCCGAGCCCAGUCAAGGAAGAAAAGGAAACACCUGUCUCGAUAAAGCCAGACGACACGACUGCGAGCCCUGUCAAGGAGGACAAAGAAGCAUCUGCCGUGGUGAAGCCAGACGAGAAGCUCCCAAGUCCAGUUAAGGAAGAAAAGGAAAUACCUGUUUCAGCAAAGCCAGAUAAAAGGAUACCGAGCCCUGUCAAGGACGAAAAAGAAACGCCAGUGUCUGCCAAGCUAGAUGAAAAGGUUCCUAGCCUUGUCAAGGAAGUGAAGGAAAAACCUGUCUCGGCAAAGUUGGAUGAAAAGAUUCCGAGCCCUGUCGAGAAAGAUAAAGAAGAACCUGCCUUGGUGAAGCCAGACGAGAAGGUCCCAAGCCCAGUUAAGGAAGAAAAGGAAACACCUGGUUCAGAAAAGCCAGAUGACAAGACUCCAACCCCUCUCAAGGAGGAUAAAGAUGCACCUUCCGUGGUGAAGCUAGACGAGGAGGCCCCAAGCCCAGUUGAGGAAGAAAAAGAAACGACUGUUUCAGCAAAGCCAGAUGAAGAGAUUCCGAGCCCUAUCAAGGAAGAAAAGGAAACAACUGUCUUGCCAAAGCCAACCGAAAAGACUCCGAGCCCUGUCACGGAAGAAAAAGAAACACCUGUGUCUGCUAAGCUGGAUGAAACGGUUCCCAGCCUUGUCAAGGAAGUAAAGGAAACACCAGUCUCAUCAAAGGUGGAUGAAAAGAUUCUGAGCCCUGUCGAGAAAGAUAAAGAAGUACCUGCCUUGGUGAAGCCAGACGAGAAGGUCCCAAGCCCAAUUAAGGAAGAAAAGGAAACACCUAUGUCAGCAAAGCCAGAUGAAAAGAUACCGAGCCACGUAAAGGAAGAAAAGGAACUACCUGUCUCGGCGAAGCCAGACGACACGACUCCGAUCCCUGUCAAGGAGGAUAAAGAAGCACCUGUCUUAGUGAAGCGAGACGAGAAGGGUCCAAGCCCAGUCAAGGCAGAAAAGGAAACGCCUGUUUCGGAAAAGCCAGAUGACAAGACUCCAAUCCCUCUCAAGGGGGACAAAGAUGCACCUUCCAUGGUGAAGCUAGACGAAAAGGUUCCAAGCCCUGAUCAAGAAGAAAAGGAAACAGCUGCCUUAGCAAAGACAGAUAAAAAGAUUCCGAGACCUGUGAAGGAAGAAAAGGAAACAACUGUCUUGGCAAAGUCAGACGACACGAUUGCGAGCCCUGUCAAGGACGACAAAGAAGCAUCUGCCGUGUUGAAGCUAGACGAGAAGCUCCCAAGUCCAGUUAAGGAAGAAAAGGAAAUACCUGUUUCAGCAAAGCCAGAUAAAAGGAUACCGAGCCCUGUCAAGGACGAAAAAGAAACACCAGUGUCUGCCAAGCUGGAUGAAAAGGUUCCUACCCUUGUCAUGGAAGUGAAGGAAACACCUGUCUCAGCAAAGUUGGAUGAAAAGAUUCCGAGCCCUGUCGAGAAAGAUAAAGAAGAACCUGCCUUGGUGAAGCCAGACGAGAAGGUCCAAAGCCCAGUUGUGGAAGAAAAGGAAACACCUGUUUCAGAAAAGCCAGAUGACAAGACUCCAAUCCCUCUCAAGGAGGACAAAGAUGCACCUUCCGUGGUGAAGCCAGACGAGAAGGCUCCAAGCCCAGUUGAGGAAGAAAAGGAAACGACUGUUUCAACAAAGCCAGAUGAAAAUAUUCCGAGCCCUAUCAAGGAAGAAAAGGAAACAACUGUCUUGCCAAAGCCAACCGAAAAGACUCCGAGCUCUGUCAAGGAAGAAAAAGAAACACCUGUGUCUGUUAAGCUGGAUGAAAAGGUUCCCAGUCUUGUCAAGGAAGUAAAGGAAACACCAGUCUCAGCAAAGUUAGAUAAAAAGAUUCCGAGCCCUGUCGAGAAAGAUAAAGAAGAACCUGCCUUGGUGAAGCCAGACGAGAAGGUUCCAAGUCCUUUCAAGAGAGAAAAGGAAACGCCUAUCUCAGUAAAGGAAGAUGAAAAGGUUUCAAGCCCUGUUAAGGAAGAAAAGGAAACACCUGCCUCAGAAAACCCAGACGACAAGAUUCCGAGUCCUGUCAAGGAAGAAAGGGAAACACUCGUCUCAGAAAAGCUGGAUGAAAAGAUUUCAAGACUUGUCAAUGGGGAAAAAAAAACAUCAGUGUCUGCAAAGCUGGUUGAGGAGGUUCCCAAUCUUUUCAAGGAAGUUAAGGAAACACCUGCCUCAAUAAAGCUGGAUGAAUAUAUUCCGAGCCCUGUGAAGGAAGAAAGAGAAACAUCUGCCUUAGUAAAGACAGACGAGAAAGUUCCAAGCCCUGUCAACGAACAAAAAGAAACACUUGUCUUAGAGAAACUGGAUGACAAGUUUCCGAUCCCUGUCAAAAAAGAAAAAGAAACACCUCUCUCAGCAAAGUUGGAUGACAAGAUUCCGAGCCCUGUCAAGGAAGAAAGAGAAACAUUCCCCUUGGCAAAGCCAGAAGAGACAGUUCCAACCCCUGUCAAGGAGGAAAUAAAAAAAACAGGUGUCUCAGAAAAGCCGGUCGACAAGAUUCCAAGCCCUGUCAAGGAAGAAUACGAAACACCUGUCUCACAAAAGCCGGAUGAAAAGAUUCCGAGCCCUGUCAAGGAACAAAAAGAAACAACUGUGUCAGAAAAGCCAGACGACAAAAUUUCAAGCCCUGUCAAGAGGGAAAAAGAAACACCAGUGUCUGCAAAGCUGGAUAAAAUGGUUCCUAGCCCUGUAAUAGAAGAAAAAGAAAUCCCAGUGUCUGCAAAGCCAGACGAAAAUAUUCCGAGCCUUGUUAAGGAAGAAAAGGAAACCCCUGUGUCAGCAAAAUUGGACCUACUAAUUCCAAGCCUUGUCAAGACCGAAACAGAAACACCUGCCCUGUCAAUGCCAGACAAGAAAGUUUCAAGCCCCGCCAAGGACGAAAAGGAAACACCUGUCUCAGCAAAGCCGGAUGAAAAGAUUCCGAUCACUUUCAAGGAGGAAAAAGAAACACCUUUCUUGGUGAAGCCAGACGAGAAGGUUCCAAGCCCUGUCGAGGAAGAAAAGGAAACACAUGUCUCUGCAAAAUCAGUCGAAAGGCUUCCUAGCCUUGUCGAUGAAGAGAAAGAAACACCUGCCUUGGUAAAGCCAGACGAGAAGACUUCUAGCCUAGUCAAAGAAGAAAAAGAAACACCAGUGUCUGCAAAGCCGGGUGAAAAGAUCCCAAGUCCUGUCAAGGAGAACAGAGAAAUACCUGUCUCAGCUAAGCGAGAUGAAAAUAUUCCGAGCCCUAUUAAGGAAGAAAACAAAACACCUUUUUCAGUAAAGUCGGACGAAACGUACCCGAGCCCUGUCAAGAAGGAAAAAGAAACACCUGCCUUGAUAAAGCCAGACGAGAAGGUUCUUAGCCAAGUCAAGGAUGAAAAAGAAAAACUAAUCUUUGAAAGUCAUAGAGGUAGAACUCCUAGUCCUGUCAAGGAACAAAUAGAAACCUCUAUCACAGCAAAGUCAGAUGAGAAAGUUCCUAGCCCUGUCAUAGACGACAAACAGAAAACAGUAACAGAAGAGCCAAAAUAUAAGACUGCUAGUCCUAUCAAGGAGGAAAAAGAAAUAUCUAUCUCAGUAGAGUCAGAUGAAAAAGUUCCUAGCCCUAUUAAAGAGGAAAAAGUAACACCUGUCUUUGAAAAGUGUCAUGUCAAAAAAGAAAUAAUAAAAUCAGUUACUGAUAAGCCUCAAGACAAGAAGACUACUAGUCCUAUCGAGGAUGUAAAGGUUCCUAGUGCCGCUAAGGAGAAGAAGGAAGAAAAAACUUCUAGCCCCGUUAAGGACGAAAAAAUUCCUAGUCCUAGUAAGAAAGAAAAAGAAUCAUUUGUUUUAGAAAAACCCUCAGAAAAGACUCCUAGCCCUGUUGAGAAGGAAAAGGAUUCUAGUCUAAUCAAGGGUGAAAAGGAUACAUCUGUUGUAGAAAAGCAUGAAGAAAAGACUCCUAGCCCUAUUGGGGAGAAAAAAGAUACUAUUCUCGCCAAGGGGAAAAAGGAUACAUCUGUCCAAGAAAAGACCGAAGAAAAAUCUCCUAUCAAAGAGAAAGUGGAAACCUCUGACUUGGAAAAGCCUGAAGGAAAGACUAUGAGUCUCCUCAAUGAAGAAAAAGAUACAUCUAUAAUAGAAAAGCCCGACGAAAAGACUUCUAGCCCCGUUAAGGAGGAAAAGGUACCUAGUCCUGUUAAGGAGGAAAAGGAUAAAUCCGUUUCAGAAAAGCCUGAAGAAACGACACCUGGCCUUGCCAAGGAAGAAAAAAAAUCACCCGUCUUAGAAAAGUCUGAAGAAAAGCCUUUUAGUCCUCAAAAGGAGGAGAAGGUUUCUAGUCCUGUUGAGGAGGAAAAGGAAACAUCCCUCUUAGAAAAGUCUAUAGGAACGACUCCUAGACCUAUCAAUGAGGAAAAGAUUCCUAGUCCUAUUAAGGAGGAAAGAGAUACAUCCAUUUCAGAAGACCCUGAAGAAAAGACUCCUAGCCCUAGUCAGGACGAAAAGGUGUCUAGUCCUGUUAAGGAGGAAAAAGAAACAUUCGUCUUAGAAAAACCUGAAGAAAAAUCUCUUAGCCCUGUCAAAGUAGAAAAGGUUUCUAGCCCAGUUAAAAAGGACAGUAAAACGUCUCUCUUAGAAAAGUCCGAUGAAAAUCCCGCGAGUCCUGUGAUGGAGGAAAAGGUUUCUAGUCCCUUUGAGGAGGCAAAGGAGACACUCAUUGACAAAAAGUCAGAAGAAAAAACAUCUAGCUGCUUACAGGAUGAUAAAGUAAAACCUAUCCUAGAAAAACUAGUCGAGAGAUCUCCUAGUACCGUUACAGCAGCCAUCCAGACACCCAGAUUCGACAAACCCGAUGAAAAAUCGCCUAGUCCUUUCAAGAAAGACACAAAAGAACCAAUUUCAGACAAGUUAGAUGAAAAGGCUACUAGUUCAAAUAAAGAAGACAAAGAUAAGUCCACCUUAGAAAAACUAGAGGAAAAAUCUCCAAGCUCUUAUAAAGAGGACAAAGAAAAUUCUGUUGUAGUCAAAACUGUUGAGAUUGGGAGUCAAGUUAAACCUGAUAAAAAGCUAUCAAUCCCAGCCAUGGAAGACGCUAAGAAACCGACAGUAGAAAAAUUAUUUGAAAAGACUUCUAGUCCGACUAAAGAUGAUAAGGAAAAAUCUGUCCUAGAAAUAUAUGGCGAAAAAUCUUCUUGCCAUCCCAAAGAGGACAAAGAGACGCGAAUAUUUUUAGAAAAAUCGGACGCGAAAAUACACAGUCAUACAGAAUUAACCGACAAUCUACAUAGCUCUAGUGAAGAGGAACAAGAUAUCAGUUUCCUUAAAGAUAAAGAUGAUAUAAGUUAUAAUGAAUUUACAACAGUUGAAGAAAAAUCUGUUACUGAAGACAAACAAGAAAGAACUGUAACUACUAAAGAAAUUUUAACUAAUGAAGCAAGAUCGUGUAAAAAAUUGAGAACUACUGUUGUAACUAUUACAGAAUCCAUUUUACCUGACGGUGUUACGGAAAGGACGAAAGAUGUCAAAGUGUACUUUUCAGAUUACGGCCAUACCACCGAUAUCACUGAUGAUUUCUCUGAAAUCGGUGAACCUGUCACUGAAACUGACACUGUAUCAAAUACUGUUACUAAAGACGGUAUAAUAGUUAAGCAAACUGUAACAACAACUACAACCAAACAAGCUUUAAUUAAUAUUAAAAAUAAUACUAAGGUAACUAGAAAAGUAGUCACGACGGUUAUUAAGGAAGUGUAUCCAGAUGGUACCGAAACUAUUACAACUAAUGAAGCAGUUUCUGUAAUUGACGACGUUUUUGAAGGUACCUCUGACAAAAAUGUUAUUCAUGUGAACAAAAGUAAAUUAGAGAGUGAGCCAUUAAAAAAACAUCCUCAAGAUGAACAACUGAGUGGUCUUAAAACUGCUGAAGAAUUUGAAUCUGAAGAUUCAUCGACUGAUGAUAUUCCUGAUGGUUUUUACUUAAUGGACAGGCCUAAAGAAUUUAGCACGGUAAAUGUUGAGAGUAUUACAGAAAAUAACGUUAUUAUUAAAAGAAAAACAACGAGGACUACGGUAGAGCAAACUUACAGUAAUCCACAAGCAAAUAUGCAUAGAAUUAGAACAAUUUUAACAACAACAGUUGAGGAUGAAUAUCCUGAUGGAACAAUUACAACUAAAACUAGCAAAGAAAUAAGUUUGGUUGAUAAAAUAUUGAAUGUUGCUGACAUCACUUCAACCGAUAAGAAACUUGAAAUUAUGUCAGCCUCGUCUAAAGACGGAUUUGAAUUUUCAGAGGAGCCAAAAGAAGAAACUACCACACAAAUAGAUUCUGUUGUAGAAAAUGGCAUUUCCAUUCAAAGAAAAACAAUAGUGUUGAAAAUCGUUCAAACGCUUUAUAACGUAUUUAAAAAUAUUAAGCGAACCAAAACAACAAUUAAAACAACUAUUGAAGAUGAGUACCCGGAUGGUAGUAUUGUAGUAAAAACUACUGAAAAGGUAUCAACAGUUGAUGAUAUUGUAGACCACCAGCACAUAAACGAAAAACUUUAUAAAUAUGAAACAGGUCAAAAAGAAAAGCUAAUAACAAGUGAUAAAAUACCGACAAAAGAGUUAGAUAAGUACGAAGAAAAAGAUUUAGAUGAGAAGGAUGUUUUAAAAGUUAAUGGAGUAUCUUCUAAAGAAGAAACACUAUAUGAUAAGAGUGAUUUGAAACCAAAAAUAAAAGAAGAGGACAAAAAUACUAAGAUGCAACUACCUAGUAGUGAAACAAAACCAGUGGGUGAGAAAUUACCGCAACAAGAAGGCACUAAGGAAUUAAAAUUAACAUCAUCACCCAAAGACGCUCAUGACGAAAUUAACAAGACACUACAAUCCAAAUCUAUGGCUCAAUUAGCAAAGGAAACGGAACAAAUGCUUCAUGAAGAAAGAUCGAUGAUAUCAAAAUACGAAACACAGUUAAAAGAAACUUCAAGCGCUAGUAAACGUAUAGUCGAUGAUACAAGCACAGAUAAAGAAGCUGCUCCACAAACCCUGGUACAUAGUAGUUCAGAAGACGUAUCCAAAGAAAUCAGUCUAGAAGAGAAGUAUUCUUUUGAGAGCUCUGAAAAGAUUCAAAAAUCUGUGCAGAAAAAAGAAGAUAUGUUGAAUUUGUCUGGUACAGAAUCAUUUUCCAUUGAACCGUUAUUAACACAAACUAAAAUGGAUAAAAACGGCGAACUAAAAAAAUUUACACUGGAUUCUGUUGAGCAACCAAAAGAUGAAAUUCUUUUAUCUGAAACAUCUGAUUCUGGAAUACAUAGUAUACACGUAGAUACAGAUCAAAGUUUACCUGUAAGUGAUCGCAGUGUCAAACAAGCAUUAACAGAAAAUGCUAUUCAAUUAAUGGAAACUGUACAUAAAGCGUUUAGCGAUGACACUGUACAGCAAGGUAUAAAAAGCGAAGGAGUAGAAUCUCUUACUGUAUAUCCUGAGUUUGAUAGAGUAUCUACACCACCUACUGUCCCUGUCAGUCCUUUACCAAAGGUACCGAGUAGCUUCCAAGACGUUAAAGUAAGUGAUGGUGUUCAAAGUGAAGUUACAUACGAUAAAUCUGAUGGAAGUGAAGAAACGAUUACUAAAGUUGUACAUGUAGGUGACGAUGUACUUACUCAAAGAAUAUCGACAUCUACUGAGAAAGUACCUAAAACACUAAAAAGUGACACCGAAGACGAUGGAGAUUCUGAAAUAUUGAACUUGAUGCAAACGGUUGGCAAGAUUAAAACUGAAACUGACACAGUAACGAAAAUUAUAAAAGAGGGUGAAAAUGUUGUUACCCAAACCAUCACGACAGUGACAACUAAAGAAAUUAUUUCAAGAGAAGAUGGCACUCCUCAAAAUAUUAAAACAACAAUCGAAACUACUACUCUUAGUAAGAGUUCCGAUGGUUCUACAACUACUACUAAAGAUACACAAACUCUUCUAUCAGAAUGUUCUUCCAGCCUUAAGUCUACCUCACUAAUGGAUUUAUAUUUGAAAGAUAACAAAUUAGACAAAUCCUACCUCGACUCAAGCGAUCAAAAGACUGAAACCACUACAAGUAGCCAUAUGAAGGGAAGUACUGAAAAAGUAUCCCAAAUGUCUUCCAGUAAAAGUAAAGAUAUCAAUAAAGAAGAAACUGGAACUAAAGCUGAUUUCUCAGAAGAAUCUGAUUCUGAAGAAAAUAUAGAAGAUACAGUAAUUGACACUGACGUAAGUAAACGAGUUAUUAAAGAAAAUAAUAUAGACAUUGUUGAAACUAUUGCUACCACUACAAAAAAAGAAACUAUAAGAAUAAAUGAAAAUAAAAAGAUUCUCAAGACUACAAUCGAAGUGACUACUACAAAAGAAUAUCCUGAUGGUUCUAAGGAUAUUCAAAAGACUGUAGAAGUUAAGACAGAAGAUAUUGUUUUAACUUCUAGCAGUAAUCUUGAUAAGAUAUUAAGUGAAUACGUUACUCUAGGUGAGCCAGAAGAAAGUGUAUCAACUAAAACAGAAGAUAUAGUAAACGAAAACGUUAUUAUAAAAAGGACAAUAUUAACUAGGACUGUCAAAACAAAAUAUGCAAACAAGAAUGGAAACUUAAGAAAAAUAAAAACAGUAAUCACAGUCACCACAACCGACGAGUAUCCUGAUGGUUCAUCUCAAACAAAAGUCGAUUGUAGCACAUCGUUAACAGAUGUUGAAGAUAAAAAUGUUGUUGAAACCACAGAACUUAAUGAUUAUACUCUGAUAGAAGACAAAACGGUUAAUGUCGAUAAACAAGAAAAGGACACGGUAAUUGAUGGUAAAAAUAUACAUCAAAUAAUAACAACGACGACAACAAAAGAAAUUUUAACAACUAGUGAUAAAACUAAGAAAAAAGUUAAAACUACAAUUGAAACAGUUACUGAGUCAACGCUUCCUAAUGGUACAACUGAAGUCACAAAGGAAUCCAAAGUAUUGAUUUCAGAUUAUACCAGAAAACCUGAAGACGAAGUACCUGAAGGUUUUGAAUCUGUUGGUAAACCUAAAGAAGAAGUUACGGAAAAUGUGGAGAUUGUAAAUGAGAACGAUAUUCAAAUAAAACGAAAAACAACAAUAACUAUUAUUACUCAAGAAUUUACAAAUGUAGUACAAAAUGUUAAACGUCUCAAAACAACGACUAAAACAGUAAUCGAAGAUGAAUAUCCUGAUGGUUCUGUUAUAAUAAAAACUAGCGAAAAGGUUUCUAUUCUAGAUGAUGUACUGAUAAGUAGCGCAGAAAAAAGCCCCACUGAAUCUAUAAAAUCGACCACUACGCAACUUACAUCCAGCCCAGUAUAUGAAGAUGCUAGUUAUAAUGUAGAAGAAGUACUACAAGAUCUUGCUGUUAUGGGUGAACCCGAAGAAAGUGAAAAUACCGAAACAAAAGACAUAAUACACGAUGAUUUAGUUAUAAAAAGAACAAUCUUAACUAAAACUGUUAAGACCAAUUAUGCAGAUGCGCAUGGAACAGUCAGAAAAAUAAAGACUAUUACUACUGUAACAACAACUGACAAAUAUCCAGAUGGUUCCUCGCGCAUCAGCGUUGACAAGAGACAAUCAAUAACAGACGUUGAUGGUGAGGAUUCAUUGCAAUCUGAUGAGUUGAAAGAGUAUUCAAAGUUAUUAGACAAGUCUGUGAAUAUAGAUAACCAACAAAAGACAGUUGUGAGAGAUGGUAUUAAAGUAAAUCAAUUAAUUAAUAUAACAACUACUAAAGAGAUUUUAGCUACUGUAGAUAAUGCAAAGAAAAUUGUUAAAACAACUAUUGAAACUAUUACAGAGACCAAAUUACCAAAUGGAACCACCGAGGUUACAAAAGAUGUAAAAAUCACUGUAUCUGAUUACGAAAGCGAUUCUUUCGAUGAAAACUUAGUAGGUUAUACACAGCUAGAAGAGCCAGAUAUACAAACAAAUGUACAAAACGAGCAAAUUAUUGAGGACGGAAAAACAAUUAAUAGAAAAAUCACAAUCACCACAAUUCGGGAACAAUUCGAAAAUGUCCAAAUGAAAUCUAGAAAAGUUAAAACAACUAUUAAAACUACUACCGAAGAUGAAUAUCCGGAUGGUACAGUAGUAACUAAGAAGAGUGAGAAAGUUUCCAUUGCAGAUUUUUUGCUUAGUGUUCCAUCAGCUGAAGAUGGACAAGAGAAUACGGAAGCAUAUAUAGGUGAAAGUGAAAUAGUGGAGGAUACAUCUGAAGAUUCUGUUGUAAAAAAUGAAAUUGUUCGGAAAGAUAAUAUGGAUAUAAACCGCACUAUUACAACCAAAACAAAACGUGAAAUUUUGGCUAGUUCAGACAAAGAUAUAGAACGUGUUAGAACUACUAUAGAAACAAUAACAGAUGAUGAAUAUCCUAGUGGAUUGAUUGAGACUACAAAGGAUAUAAAAAUAACAAUUUCAGAAUCACAAAAAACUUAUGAUAGUGAUUUACAGGCUGCAUUACAAGGUCUUAAACCGACAGGCAAAGUGAAAUCAUCAGUUGACAAAAAGUCGAAAGUAAUUUUCACGGAUGAUUCGAAAAAAAUAAAUCAAACAAUAACAACCUAUGUCACCAAAGAAGAAAUGGUAAAUGCCGAAAAGAACCAAGUAGCAGUUAAAACAGUAACUGAAACCGUUACAGAAAAUGUGAAUGAGGAUGGAACAACGCAGAUAACAAAUGAUAUAAGUACUCAAGUGACAUAUCUGCCAAUGGGAACAACGCUUGAGGAUUGGUCUCCAGAAGAAUUAGAAGAAAUAGAAAAACAAUCCUUAUCUCGAAGCGAUGGUAGUGCUACAGAGGAAAAACCGACUGUAAGUAAAUUGCCGUUAGAAUCAAAAAUAGAAAUGCAACCUGAAUCCAAGCCCAAAAAACGCUCACCUGUUGGGGAAAUAACCACAGAAACAGAUACAUUCACGAAAGUGUUAAAAGAGGGUGAUAAUGAGAUAACUCAAACAAUAACCGUGGUUACUACUAAAGAAGUUAUAUCUCCUGAGAAAGUUAAAGUUACUGUUGAAACGACCACUGUUAGUAGAGGAAGCGAUGGUGUCACAAAAACCACCAAAUCGACAAAAACAACGAUAUCUGAAAUUAAAGAAGAAUAUGAAGAAAUUAUUGACACGGGUGAAAGUGAAAAAUCAUUCUCUAAAUUGUCAUCGAAAGCCAGUGAUAUGCGAAGCUCAUCUGCCGCUAGCGAUGAUUUAGAUCAUCCUGGUAUAUCAUCACCACCUUCUGAUAUUAGUUCAAGAGAAUCGCGGGCUGCAACUCAUAUAUGGGGAACUGAAAGUAGUGGUAUGUACUAUAGUGAUGAUGAUGGUCAAGCAAGUCCCAGUAGUACAAAAUCUCAAAUAGCACAUUCACCGAGAUCAAACUUGAGUUUCGAGUUAGACACGAAAUUACCGCAGUACAAAGAAACCAGUCAUGAUACAUUUACGGCUAGAACAGGAUUUGAUCCAAUGUCAACGUCAGUUUACGGACAAUUACCUGAUGACGAUUCCUGUACAUAUUCAACACAUUCCGAUGAAAAGACUGAAAUACAUUUCGUUGAUAAAACAGAUACAAAAUUAACUGAAGAGUUUAUUAGCCAGGAACAAUCCCACUCUAGUGUGACGAAACCUACUAGUAAAACUUCAGAUGCUUCGUUUUUGAAAGAAGCAGACGAACAUUUUGAAAAGGCAAUCGAAGAACAUAAAAAAGUAAGUGGGCCUGAAGUGAUAUCUAGCGUUACAGGAAAAUAUAGACUCGAUCAGCAUCACUUAUCUAGUUCGAGUCACGAGGAGCAUAAAAAAGAGACGACGUCUUUAACUCUCAAAGAUCUGAAAACCGAUACAAAAAAAGUGACACAGACAAGUUCUUCGUCUAGCAGUAGUAAAGAAGAACCUAAGUCAGAGAAAACUGAGCACACAGCGUCGCACACCCUCUCUAAAGAUCCAAUAGAAUCAUGGGGUAAGCCACUUGGCCUACCAAGUCCAAUCCUUCCACCUAAUCAGGGUGAUAGUAAAGGCACACCAAAGAAACAAGUAAGCUCAACCGUAGCUAAUAAGAAUAAAAUCAAUCAAGAGAAGAGUAAGGAAGCGAAAAGGGCAUCUGAAUCUCCUUCGAAGAAAAAAUCUCCAGCUCCAAUUUAUAUGGAUUUAACUUACGUUCCUCAUCACGGCAAUUCGUAUUAUUCAGCUAUGGAAUUUUUCAAGAGAGUUCGGGCUAGAUAUUAUGUAUUCUCUGGAACGGAGCCAUCGAAAGAAAUCUAUAACGCCCUUCUUGAUGCCAAGAAGACAUGGGAAAAUAAAGAUUUAGAAGUCACCAUAAUUCCCACGUACGAUACGGACGUUCUUGGCUACUGGGUGACUGAAAACGAGGAAGCGCUCGAGAAAUACAAAAUCGAUCUUUCUCCCUCCGCGUCCCGCUGCACAAUCAACUUGCAAGACCACGAGACCUCAUGCGCUGCGUAUAGGCUCGAAUUCUAGGUGUCGGGUCUAUUUGUAGCCUUCUCAUCGAAGAAGUGAUCCUCUUUUAGAAAAACUGGGCACUUUUGAAUGGGGAACCAAAGAGUCAUAUAUUGUUGUAGGAAAUUAAGGCUGUGAUAAAGAACGGAGCAUUCAAAAGCGCCUAAUUUGGAGGACACUACUCCGUAUGAGAUAGUUUGCAAAUAGAUGCAGUAAAAGACUAUGUGAUAUUAGAACGCAAUCGACAGACUGCUGUGGAGUUUAACAAACCCGUAGAAGUUUUAUGAAGUGUAUAGUGUUUGUCGGCCGAGAUUCGAUCUUGAAACGAUAAAGUCCUAAACCGCAUCCAAUACGAAUGUCAAAAACCAAAUUCUCGACCUAAAAACAGAAACGUCCAUUUUUUUCUAAAACUGUUUUCUAGUAGCGUCAUUGACAAAAAUAGUACAUGCCAUUUAAAAUAUUUUUCUGACGGUAUUUUUGAAUUUGGUCUUAUACAAUCAGUAGUGCUUUUAUACACGAUUUUUAGCGAAACCAGUCCAUUUUGUUUAGCCAAAAAACACCGCUUGUGCGAAAUAUUAAAAUUUUUAAAAAUCAAAUUAUUUUGCUAAAGCAUUGACUUCUUAAUAGGACUUAUUGUUAAAUGUUGUAUACGUAUUGCAUAUUAUUUUAGCGAAUCGCUUUAUGACGGACGUGUUAUAUGAAACGAUGUCCAGUUCUAUUUGAUAAACGAUAACGAGAACGAUCAAUGUUCAUCUGAAUUACACGAAAUGUUUUGUAAUGUGAUUGAAAUAUAUAUUUGAAGAGUA